AUGUGGCGGUGGCGGUAUGUGAGCGGCCGGCAGCUGCACGGCUUCCGACACUACAAGUACAGUGCUGUGGAUACAAAUCCUUUAUCUGUGUAUAUUAUGCAGCCCAUCUGGAAUAAAAUUAUUAAGAUAGUGCCUUUGUGGAUUGCUCCCAACCUGUUAACGUUCUCUGGAUUUGUCAUGAUUUUAUUUAAUUAUUUUCUAAUAUCUUUUUAUGACUGGGACUACACUGCCUCAGGUACCAGUCCUGGACUUGUUCCCACCUGGGUGUGGCUGUUCAGUGCAUUUACCACCUUUUGUGCUUAUGCUUUAGACUCCAUAGAUGGGAAACAUGCUCGAAGGACUCAGUCCAGUACUCCUCUGGGAGAACUAUUUGACCAUGGGCUGGAUAGCUGGGCUACCUCCAUUUUUGUGCUUUCUUUUUUUUCUGUCUGUUCCCGUGACAAUGGGAAGACUGGAGUUUCUGUAUAUACAAUGUAUAUAUAUUUAAGCAUUGUCUUGUUUAACUUCAUGUGUUCACACUGGGAGAAAUAUAACACAGGAGUUCUUUUUCUUCCUUGGGGAUAUGAUAUAAGCCAAGUGGUGUUAAUAGCAGCAUAUCUGCUCACCGGUACUGUUGGUGUGGAGGUCUGGCAGAAGCCUUUGCUGUUUGGUUAUUAUAUUACAGAUGUAUUAGUUAUCCUGCUUAUAGGCUUCAGCUUGUUUCUAUCAUUUCCACAAACACUAUACAACAUUCACAGAGCACAUUUAAAGAAAACACUGAAGAAUGAUUCUCUGUAUGAAGGACUGCUACCUCUUGUGUCACCUCUGUUGCUGUUCAUUCUUCUUACAGUCUGGGUGGUUUUAUCUCCAAGCAACAUAUUAGCAAAGCAACCCCGACUGUUUUUAUGGAUGGUUGGGGUUGCUUUCUCAAAUGUUAUUUGCAAGGUGAUCAUCUGCCAGAUGAGCAGCACCCAGCCGGAGCUGUUCCACUGGUUCCUGUUCCCGCUGGCGCUGGUGGUGUACGCGGCCAUCUCCGGGCUGCUGGGCCGCAUGGAAGAAGCGGUUCUCGGCGUGUUCACCACCCUGGUCACGGCUGCCCAUGUGCACUAUGGCAUCUGCGUGGGUAGGCAGCUGAGCGAGCACUUGAACAUUUACAUCUUUUCCCUGAAGAAACGCGUCCAAGAGUGAACACCUGCACUAUGAUCAGACUGUAACAUUUGACAUGGAGAUUUGCAGCUCUUCUGAUGUGAUAAACAGUUGGAAUGAAUCUGAUUAAAAUAACCAAAGAAUAGAAUAGUACAGAUAUCUGAACCACUGCAACAAUGAGCUAUGCAGCCAGAUGCUUCAUCUCAGAGGAAGAUGCCUGUCCAGCAGAGAACUUUACCGAAUUGUUCUGUUGAUGUUAUUCUUUUCACCAAGCCUUGUUGCUCACCUCUCUUUUGUCUUCCUCCUCCUUACCACUGUGUCCAAAGUCCUGGAUAAAUCCAUGUUGGAUUACACAA